AGACAACUCUGUCGCCCAAACGAACGCAAAGAUGAGUGGGAACAACCUUGUAGCCGUGGUAACCGGUGCUAACAAAGGCGUGGGUUUUGCAAUAGUUCGUGGUCUAUGUAAGCAGUUCAAGGGCGAUGUCUUUUUAACAGCUAGAAAUGAGGAACUUGGUAUCAAAGCCGUGGAGGAUCUGAAAAAAGAGGGCUUGCACCCAAAGUUCCACAUUUUGGAUCUCACAAAGCCCGAAACCAUCAAUAAACUUAAGAUAUUCCUCCAAGAAACAUACGGAGGACUGGACCUACUGGUGAACAAUGCUGGUAUAGCCUAUAAGGUUUCAUCUACUGCUCCAUUUGGAGAGCAGGCAGAGGUCACAGUUAGAACCAACUUUACAGGAACACUAGACGUGUGUGAAUCACUAUUUCCCAUACUUCGACCACAUGCACGAGUGGUUAAUGUCUCUAGUUUGGUCUCACUAAGUGCAGUGAAAAAGUGCAGUGACAAAUUGAGGAAAAAAUUUGUGGAUCCAAACCUUUCUAUGGAGGAACUCAAAUCUCUUCUAAAUGACUUUGUUGUUGAAGCUAAAAAGGGUUCUCACCAGCAGGCUGGCUGGCCAAACACAGCCUAUGGGACAUCAAAAAUUGGAGUAACAGCCAUGUCGAUUAUCCAGCAGCAAGAACUUCUCAAGGACUCAAGGACAGAUAUUGUAGUGAAUGCAUGUUGCCCAGGCUAUGUGAAUACUGAUAUGUCUUCACACAAAGGAACAAAGACUAUUGACCAAGGUGCUGACACUCCACUGUACCUUGCAAUGCUACCACCAAAUACAUUGAGCCCAAAAGGCAAUUACGUCUCCGACCGUAAGAUUGGCAAAUGGGAGUGAAAGACUGGCAAGGUUACCUCUAAAAACAACUAAGGGUCAUUAUGUCUCUCAAAAGGAUAUCACAAGAUGGAAAAACUGGACAAUCAAAUCAAGUUCAUUCAUUGAUUAAUCUAUAAGCACCAGUUGUUUAAAACUUCUGCAAAAGACUUAUUGAAUAGCUUGAUGAAACAAAUUAACCACAUUGACUUUAAAUUUGUUUCUUGAUUCAGAAUAAUGUUGCAGUUUUUACAUUGAAGCAAAUUGAACAAUUCCCAAAGGUUAUUGUAUAUAACUAUUAUAUAUAUAUGUUAUAUGUUAUGAGGAGCAGCUAAGCUGUGAAAAUGCUGUGCAAAAUGCUAACUUAACUUUUUCUUUUGUUUUUUUAACAAUUUUCUUUAUAUAUUAUAGUAUAUAUUGAGAGUUUCAUAUUUCAUGCAACCAGAUCAGGUGAGAAUUAUAGCUUCAGAUUACCACCCCGGUAAGUAAAUUGAAUCGGAAAACAUUGUAAAAGGUUGAGGAUCUUUAUCAUUAUUUAAUUACAUACUGUUGUACUGUACAUAUAUAUCUUUGUUUAUUAAUAAACAUGGUUUUACACUCAU